GACUAAUAUGCAGCAUCAUGCUUAAGGUCGCUCCGAAAGCAACAAGAAGUGUUUGUUUGUGGUGUUGCUGGUCAGAUGUUCACUAACUAGACCGCUAGUGAGACUCAAGAUGGCGAGCAGGAGUAUUGCACCCAAUGGACAUAAACCUAGUUAUUGGCACAGCCUGGGUACUGAGCCCAUGACCCAUCAUACAAUUGGACAGCUGGUGGAUAUUGCAGCAGAGCGCUGGGGUGACAAAGAAGCGCUACUGUCCCUCUAUCAGGAUCACCGCAUCACCUUCAGCGAAGCACGUGACAAGGCAGACCAUCUUGCUGCGGGUCUCCUACAGUUGGGACUCAGCCCCGGGGACCGAUUAGCCAUCUGGGGACCCAACUCUAUCCAGUGGUACAUUUCCAGAUUGGCAGCAGCAAGGGGUGGUUUCAUUGCUGUUCAGAUUGACCCUGCGUACCAGGCACCUGAACUACUGCACAGUCUCACCAAAGUUGGCGUCAAAGCACUUAUCAGCACGGAGUCAUACAAGACAAGCUGCUCUUAUCAGAUUUUGCGUGCUGUGAUCCCAGAACUGGAUAACUGCCCAGAGUCUGGAGACCAAUUGCGAUGUGCUAAAGUUCCGUCACUACGGUCUCUGGUCAUCAUGAGCAAUAGGCAGUAUCGAGGAGCUUAUAGAUUCAGUGAUGUCAUAGCAUCGGCAAGUCCUGAAUCUUUGAAGAGGAUCAAGGACUUGCAAACACUAAUACAGCCUGACGCUGGAUGCACCAUCCAGUAUUCUUCUGGCACAACUGGACAUCCGAAAGCAACAUUGGCGACCCACCACAUUCUGGUUAACAAUGCCAUCAUCGCUGGAAAAUGCAUGGAACUUAAUACAGAGGAAACUAGGCUUUUGGUUUGCCCACUGUUCUGCCACGUGACUGGAAGUGUUUGCGGUAUCAUUUGUGGCCUCUGGUAUGGCUACACUACCGUGCUUCCCGCAGCUACUUUUGAUGCCACAAAGACUCUGGCUUCCAUUCAGCAAGAAAG